AUGUCUGACGUUGACACUCUCAUCCACCAGAUUGCUGAUGACCCUACAGUUAUCGGCUAUGUAGUGCUCAAUUCGGACGGGAUUCCGGUUAAGCAACAUGAGCGAAUGCCCUAUGAGAAAGCGGUGAUGUAUGCGCAGCUGAUUUCUGAGUUCUAUAUAAAGGCGAAAGAUUGCAUGCGAGAUUUGCUACAGUCGGGGCCUCCUAGGGCAGCUGGGAUGGCGGCCAUUGCUUAUGUGGGAGGUGGCAACGACUCGGAGUUGACUAACUUCAGGAUGAGGACUAAGGAGGGGACGGAGAUUAUCGCUGUUGCUAAUACGGAGUAUAUUCUGGCUCUUUGA